ACGUGCCGUUUGCAAUCAAACAAAACGCUGACGAGGCCUUGAAACACAUAAUAAAACCAUUUUUUCGGGGUCCUGCUUUGCUUGUUUAGUGAGUCUAAAGAAUAAAAGCAAGAGUCGAAAACAAUUCUCUGCUAUCUUCCUCUUCUUCUUCUUUCCGUCAAUGGCAUCAUAUCAGAGGCUUCUUAGGUUCUGCAUCACAAUCAUCUGCUGCUUCUUAUCUUUGUCUUCAAGCCAAAAAGUCACACUUAGUCUAUACUACGAAGCUUUAUGCCCUUACUGUGCAGAAUUCAUCGUCAACCACUUGCCAAAGAUCUUCGAGACUGGCUUAAUCUCAGCCAUUGAUCUCCAGCUCGUCCCAUGGGGCAACACUGUUAUCAGACCAGAUGGCUCCAUUCUCUGCCAGCAUGGAGAAACUGAGUGUGCGCUCAAUUCAAUUCAUGCCUGUGCAAUAAACGCUUACCCUGAUGUGAGGAAGCAUUUUGGAUACAUCUACUGUACCGAACAGCUAGUCUUGGAGAAUAAACUUGAAAAAUGGGCUGAUUGUUUAGAAAUGGUUGGAUUGAGCAGAGCAGCGGUUGAGUGUUACAUUAACGGAUACGGAAACCAGCUUGAAAGGAGAUAUGCUGAAGAAACUUCUGAACUUUAUCCAGCACACAGAUUUGUACCAUGGGUGGUUGUGAAUAACCAACCACUUCAAGAGAAUUACCAGAAUUUUGUCAUGUAUGUAUGCAAUGCUUAUGGAAGUAACCAGGUACCAGAAGCCUGCAAGAUUCUCAACAGUUCGGUGGAGACAAUAAGAAGGUUCAACAGUUCAGUGGAGAAACUAAGUAACAGUCACCAAGUUUGCUAUCGCAAUCAAUAAGAUUUGAAUCCAAGAUCCCUAAGACAAUUUAAUAAUACUGAAAUAUAUGGGAAAUCAGAAAGUGCUUACUGAUCAAAACUCUGCUCCUCUUGAAUUUGCUAUACAACUUAACUGGGGUUGCAACAAUCUGCAUAGAUAGAUAAAUUUACCAUGCACUAUUUUU